UCCACAAUAGAAUCACUAAAUUAGUCUCUCUAGAUAAAGAAAAAAUUUAAAUUUUGAGUUCCUAACUAUUCAAAAAUUGAAAAGUCUCUAUCCAAUACUCAAUAAUCAGAUGUUAUGUUUUUUUAACACCAGCCUACAAAGUAGGCAUGGAAAUAAUUUGAAAUUGGUCCUCGGAAGGAAUUAUUUGGUCCCAUGCUUUUGCAAAUAAACCAUCCAUUCCCCCCCAAAUUUAAAAUCCAAAAAUGGUACCGUUACUUCCAAGGAUUCCUACCCUCCUCUUCACAUGAGAAAGAGAUCAACUUUCAGAGUGUUUACAGCUUCGGAGAAGACCAAACCCACCUCAAAUCCUCCAAAACCUGACUACCCACUGAACCAAACAAGCCUCUCAGCUCGACCCACACUAGCCCACUUGACCCACCUUCUCCAAAAGUGCUCAAAUUGUCGAGCCCUCCAACAAGGAAAGCAAAUUCACCAAUUAACCAUAGUCCAUGGCUUUUGUGACUCAUAUUUGUGCACCAAGUUGGUGCAUGUGUAUGUUCGCUGCUCUGAAAUUGUGCCGGCUCUCCAAUUGUUCGAUCAAAUGCCCCAAAGGAAUGUCUUUGCAUGGACUUCGAUCAUUGAGUUUUAUUCACAGAAUUUCAUGUACCGAGAAUGCUUGCAAUUAUAUUAUCAGAUGAUUGAAGAGGGAGUUGAGCCUGAUGGUUAUGUCUUCCCCAAGGUUUUGAGGGCUUGUGCGCAUUUAAGGGACCUAAAUGAGGGGGUUCGUCUGCAUAAUCGUGUGAAAGAAUGCGAUUUGAGAGAUAAUUUGCAGGUAGCAAAUGCAUUAAUAGAGAUGUAUGCAAAGUGUGGGGAACUGAGUGUGGCGAGGCAAGUGUUUGAUGAGAUGGGUGAGAGAGAUUUGAUUUCUUGGAAUUCUAUGCUUGCAGGGUAUGUGAAUAAUGGGCAGCUUGAUUUGGGUUUGGAAGUGUUUAAUGAUAUGAGGUCUAAGGGACUGGAUGGGGAUUUAGUCACAUGGAAUACCAUGAUUGCUGGUUAUUCGAAGGUUGCACUUUGUGAAGAGGCCUUGAAAAUGUUCAAUUGCUUGAGAACUUCUUUAGAGUUGAAGCCUAAUCAUAUUUCUUGGACUAGCUUGAUAUUGGGCUUCUCGAGAGGUGGCAGAUAUAGGGAGGGAUUGAUGCAUUUUAGAGAGAUGAUGGGGGCCAGUGUGGUACCAGAUGCUGAUAUUCUUUCUUGUGUUCUUUCUUGUUGCAGGCAUAUAGGAGCUUUGGGAAGUGGGCAGGAAAUCCAUGCUUAUGGUUUAAAAAGAAUCGAUGCAUUCAAAUUCUAUGAUUCUGCUGGAGGUGCUCUAAUGACCAUAUAUGGUAUGUAUGGUAUGGUCGAAGAUGCAUGGCAUGUGUUUGAAUUCAUGGACAAAGGGGAUGUAGUCUCGUGGAAUGCCAUGAUCAUGGGCCUUGUGCAUUGUGGACAAGCCGGCUCAGCACUGAGGCUCUUUGCUGAUAUGCAAUUGCAAAGGGUUCAACAUGAUCAUGUCACAAUAGCCACAGUCUUACCAGCUUGUUCGAGCCUCUCUGCAUUAAAACUUGGAAAACAGAUCCAUACCCAUGUCCUUAAAAGCCCCAAUGUCGAUUCAGCCACUAUAGUUUGGAAUGCUUUGAUUGAUAUGUAUGCUAGAAAUGGACAAGUGAGGGAUUCUUAUACAGUAUUUGAGAACAUGUCUGAGAGAGAUAUUGUGUCAUGGAAUGCCAUGAUUGGAGCAUACGGGAUGCAUGGCCAUGGCCAAUGUGCACUCGAUCUCUUUAAUCAGAUGAAGGGGUCAGGACUCAAGCCAAACCACACUACGUUCACUUCAAUUUUAGCAGCUUGUAGCCAUUCAGGGCUCAUGGACGAUGGUUGGCGAUAUUUCCAUAGCAUGGUCCAUCACCAUGGGCUUAUACCCAUGAUGGAGCAAUACUCAUGCAUGGUCGACAUGCUAGGGCGAGCUGGUCGGCUUGAAGAAGCCAUGAGUUUCAUAGACGCCAUGCCAUUUGAGCCCGAUGCUAGCAUAUGGGGGGCCAUGCUUGCAGCAUGUAGGGUUCAUCAAAAUGUGCACUUUGGACGUAUAGCGGCAGAGAGGCUCUUUGUGUUAGAGCCGGAGAAUCCCGGAAACUACAUAACACUAUCAAACAUAUAUGUGAGAGUUGGAAGAUGGGAUGAUGCAGCUAGUGUGAGGAGAAGGAUGGAGAGUCGAGCGUUAAUGAAACCCUCGGGUUGUAGUUGGAUUGAAGCUGAGGGUCAUUGAGACAUGGCCAAUUUUUCUAGGUUGUUUAUUCCUAACUUAUUUUUUUAUUUUUGAAAUUAAAUUGUUGAUUUUGUUUUUUGUUAAUUAGUGAUUUUAAAACCAGAAUCAGGUUGCAAGGGCUCCAAUUCCAAUUCACCUGAUCUGGAGUACAAAAGAAUUUUUUUUUUUUAAAUUCAAAACUAGGGGAAUAAGGGGAUUUUGUGGUUCCUCAAACCGAAAUCACCCACUUAGUGCUCAUGAUC